AUGUCUUCAGACGCGAUGUCGGACUACUCCCAAGAGGACGAACAUGAUCCUCAGGCAGACGAACUUCAAGAAACCGCCUUGGUGACGUUGGAGGCGCUCAUCAGUUCAUGCAGCACGCAGAUGCAACCAUAUCUAUCAAACACCAUCAGUUCUGCUCUGAGAUGCCUCAAGUACGAUCCAAAUGUGGCCGAGUUGGAGGAAGACGAGGAAAUGAGCGGUACACAGGACGACGGGUCGGAGGAUGACGCGACGGAGGAGCCUGAAAUGGACGACGACGAAUUCGAGGAUUUUGAGGAGGAAGGUGGCUACAGCGAUAUAGACGAUAUGAGUUGGAAGGUCCGCCGAUGCGCAGCCAAGCUCCUGUACACCGUCAUUUCAACGUACGGACGAGGCCGUGCCUUGGAUGAUGCUUCCUUGUAUCAGCAGAUAGCGCCUGCUAUCGUCACUCGCUUCAACAAAGAGAGGGAAGAAAGCGUCAAGCUUGAGCUGGUCUCUACUCUAGACGCCCUAGUACGUAAAACCGGGGAAGGUUCAAUGAUAGCUACUUCCAACGGGUUUUUGGAAUCGGUCGGAAGCGGGUCCAAGAACUCGAGAAAGAGGAGACGUCAGGACAGCGAUGCCAGUAUGAUCGACUUUGAGCCAAGCAUGGGCACCUCGUCUGCAGCAGGCACUCCUUUGGCUGCCCCAUCUUCACCAAAGACCGGCGCCCAGUCGGAGCUUGCCAACGCUCUACCCGUGAUUGUCCGGAGUCUAGUCAAAAUGUGGAAGCAAGCUUCUAUUCCUCUAAAACAAGCCAUUAUUGUUCUCCUAAAGAGCUUGGCCCUCGUUCGCUACGGCGGCCUUGCAGAUCAUCUUCAACAAAUCGAAGACCCAAUUGCGGAUGUGCUCAAAUCGACCUUGGCUACUGGCUCGUCGGCGCCUGUUGGAGCUUCGGCGAGCGCGGGUACUCUGCAGAUCGAAGCCCUCAGUCUAAUUGCUGCGGUUGCUGAAACACACGCCUCUGAUGCUCUUCUACCUUUCUUGAUUGCAUUAAUUCCCGGUGUUAUCGGCGCGGUCAAUGAUAGGAACUAUAAAGUGAGCAGUGAGGCGCUCUCAGCCGUGGAGCAAAUUGUUAAAGCACUUACUCCACCACGUGUACCUGCUGCUUCGCAAGACCUGACAUCCCAGUUGGAGAAGCUUUACGAUGUUAUUUACAGCCGCAUCACUGAUACAAGCGCGGACCUCGAAGUUCGACAACGGGCCAUUCACGUCCUGGGUGUUCUUAUCGCGCGAUCGUCAGGCGAACAAGGCCCAGCCUUCCUCUCAAUACAGCUUCGGACGAAGGGUCUUGCUACUCUGCUAGACCGCCUGAAGAACGAGACUACACGGCUAUCUGCUAUUCGUGCUGUUGACGAUGUGGCUGUUUUGUGUUCUCGAAAGGAGGAUAUCGACUCCGCUUGGGUCCGUGAGGUGACUGCGGAGCUUGGAGCGCAACUCCGCAAGUCAGACCGAGUUCUUCGAAGUGCCAGCUUGGAAACUCUUCGUAGCCUCUCCAUGAAUCCCAACUCAAGAGCUCAUUACGAUGGUGCAACCAUGAAAAACCUGGAAGAAUGUCUUCUCCCUCUCAUCACUGUUGAAGACUUCCACCUGUUGGCCCCGUCGCUCAUCAUUCUCGCAAAACUCAUUCCUGGAAAUGCGCAGCUUCUAGUCGACGAUAGCUUAGUGGCCUCUAUUUGCUCCAUUGUCCUGAAUACCCUCGCAGGAACUGUUCUCAAGGCACUCUUGCUUCUCGUGAGAGUGAUUGGGGAAGAGAAUAGCGGCUCUGCUCUGAUGCAAAAGCUUUUGAGAGAUGUCGGUGUCAACGGCGACACAUCCGUUGUUGGACGGGCCAUCGGCACACUUCUGGUUCAUGGAGGUACGAAGCUGGGUGUCCGCAUGGAGGAUUUCCUCUCCGAGCUGCAAACAGUGGACGAUCCUCAGCGCAAGUGUCUUGCCCUCGCUAUUCUAGGUGAAUCCGGGCUCCGUAUGGGCACCAGCAGCCCCCUGAAUCCCGACGUGUUUAUCCCGCACUUCAGCUCUAAAUUUGAAAAGGUACGCUUGGCGGCAGCUACUGCACUAGGAAAUGCGGCUGCCGGCAAUGUCAAGGCUUAUUUGCCUACCAUUCUAGGUGGCCUAGAGAAACCCCAAGGUCAGAGUUACCUUCUCCUGCACUCGGUAAAGGAAUUGCUUCAGCACCCCGACUUGAUACGGCCAGAUGUAGCUCCGUCCGCUGCGAAGCUCUGGCAGGCUCUACUUGUUGUCUCCAAAGAGGAAGACAACCGUGCUGUGGGAGCUGAAUGUGUUGGGCGCUUGGCACUGGUUGACCCAGCUGCCUAUAUCCCACACUUCCAAGAUUAUCUCUCUAGUCAAGACGUGAGCAUCCGCAGUGUUGUGAUCUCUGCAUUCCGCUACACUCUAUCCGACUCCCGCGAUACCUACAACGAUGUUCUUAGACCCCUCAUCGUGCCUCUUUUAGUCAACAUGCUCAGCGAUCGCGACUUGGGCAACCACCGCCUCGCUCUAACCACGCUCAACUCCGCAAUCCACAACAAAAUGGGUCUCAUCCUCCCUCAUCUUAGCGAACUCCUCCCCGCCGUCCUCGGCGACACCCAAAUCAAACCCGAACUCAUCAGGGAAGUCCAAAUGGGCCCUUUCAAGCACAAAGUCGACGACGGCCUUGAGCUUCGUAAGAGCGCCUACGAAACUAUCUACGCCGCCCUCGACACAUCCUUCUCUCUAUCACAUCUCUCUGAAAUCUAUAACCGCAUCUUAGCCGGCCUCGACGACGAGCAAGACAUCCGCAUAAUCUGCAACCUCAUGACCUCCAAACUCAUCACCCUCGCCCCCGAAGAAACCCGCCGCCAGCUAGACGCCCUCUCGGAGCGCUACACUGCUGUUCUAUCCUUUAAGCCAAAGGAUAAUGCUGUGAAGCAGGAGCUUGAGAAGGCGCACGAGGCAUCAAUGGGUGUUCUCAAGAUCACGCAAGAGUUAAGCAAGGCUUUCCCUGUGGGAGAGGGAUCUGCGGAUGUGCACAAGUGGAAGACGUACAUGGAAUGGGUAAGGGGUCAGUUUGGGAAUGAGUUGUCGAAGCUUGAGACGGAGUUUUAG